ACGCGCACUACAUGUUCCCGCCUUGAGACUGCGCCGGCGAUUCCUAGGAAGUGGUUGAUGACGUCGAUGUUAGGGCUCCAUGGCUGCGCGCGGGAGAGGGACCUGCAGCCGCAAGACGCGAGCAUUAAAUGAAGCUGCAAGAAUUAAUGGCAAAACAGCUACAGAAGACACUCCUCUUGCAAAGAAAAUUCGAAGAUGUCAGAGGCAGCAGGUGCAAAGGGAGCCUGUGGCUGGAGGAAAGGCUGACAAUGACAGGACAGAAGACAAGCAAGAGUCUGUGAAGACCUUGCUGUUAAAGGGCAAAGCUCCAGUGGACCCAGAGUGCACAGCCAAGGUGGGAAAGGCCCAUGUAUACUGUGAGGGGAAUGAUGUCUAUGAUGUCAUGCUAAAUCAGACCAAUCUCCAGUUCAACAACAACAAGUAUUAUCUGAUUCAGCUGUUAGAAGAUGAUGCCCAGAGGAACUUCAGUGUUUGGAUGAGAUGGGGCCGAGUUGGGAAAAUGGGGCAGCAUAGCUUGGUGGCUUGUUCGGGGGACCUCAACAAGGCCAAGGAAAUCUUUCAAAAAAAAUUCCUUGACAAAACAAAAAAUAAUUGGGAGGAUCGUGAGAAGUUUGAAAAGGUGCCUGGAAAAUAUGAUAUGCUACAUAUGGACUAUACCACCAAUGGACAGAGUGAAGAGGAAACAAAAAAAGGAGAAUCUCUUAAAUCUCCCUUGAAAGCAGAGUCACAGCUAGAUCUUCGUGUACAGGAGCUGAUAAAGUUGAUCUGUAACGUCCAGGCCAUGGAAGAGAUGAUGGUAGAAAUGAAAUACGAUACCAAGAAAGCCCCACUUGGGAAGCUGACAGUGGCACAAAUCAAGGCAGGUUACCAGUCUCUUAAGAAGAUUGAGGAUUGUAUUCGGGCUGGCCAGCAUGGACGAGCUCUUGUGGACGCGUGCAAUGAAUUUUACACCAGAAUCCCACAUGACUUUGGACUCCGUACUCCUCCAUUAAUCCGGACAGAGCAAGAACUCUUAGACAAAUUACAGCUACUAGAGGCUUUGGGAGACAUUGAAAUUGCCCUUAAGCUGGUGAAAACAGAACUGCAAAGCCCAGAACACCCACUGGACCAGCACUAUAAAAAACUACAUUGUGCUUUGCGCCCUUUAGACCAUGAGAGUAACGAAUUCAAAGUGAUUUCCCAGUACCUACAGUCUACCCAUGCUCCCACACACAGUGACUAUACCAUGACCUUGCUGGAUGUUUUUGAAGUAGAGAAGGAGGGGGAGAAAGAAGCCUUCAGAGAGGACCUACCUAACAGGAUGCUGCUAUGGCAUGGUUCCAGGCUGAGUAACUGGGUGGGAAUCCUGAGCCACGGGCUUCGAAUUGCCCCACCUGAAGCUCCCAUAACAGGUUACAUGUUUGGAAAAGGAAUCUACUUUGCUGACAUGUCUUCCAAGAGUGCUAAUUACUGCUUUGCCACUCGCCUAAAAGAUACUGGACUGCUGCUCUUAUCAGAGGUAGCUCUAGGUCAGUGUAAUGAGCUAUUAGGGGCCAAUCCAGAGGCAGAAGGAUUACUUCAGGACAAGCAUAGCACCAAGGGGCUGGGCAAGAUGGCUCCCAGUCCUUCACGUGCCAUCACCUUGAAUGGGAGUACGGUGCCCUUGGGACCAGCAAGUGACACAGGAAUUCUGAAUCCAGAGGGUUAUACCCUCAACUACAAUGAGUUUGUUGUCUAUAACCCCAAUCAGGUCCGUAUGCGAUACCUUCUAAAGGUUCAAUUUAAUUUUCUGCAGCUGUGGUAAAUGUUGAUAUUAAAUAAACCAGAGAAGAGGUCUUCAAGCAAGAAAACAGACCAUGUUGUACUUUUGAUUUUCUUACAUUUUCUGAAAUAAAGAUAGUACAGAUCUA